AUGGACGCGACACACUCCAACUCCCGUGAUGCAACUGGGCAUGCACUGAUCCAAGCGCAUCGGGGUCGGACUGUCGCCCCUCCAGGCUCCAGCAGCUCAUCACCGCUGUGCUGCAGAUCCGCUCGAACAGAAAUGGCAGCAGCCUUGUCCCGCGCCCUCAAACUACCCGGGAAAAAGGGCUCGGAGCUGGGGGAGUACGACCCACUCACACAAGCGGACAGCGAGGACGAGAGCGAAGAGGACGAUCUCGUCCUUAACUAUCCCCGAAACGGUUUGGGCCGGGACACCUUCCACGGCGGCGUCACCACAAAGCUGCGGGGAGGUAGAGCCGGACGACUCGUGGCUGCCGGUGACGAGGCACAGGAUGAUGAGGACGAAUGGAGAGAGCGGCUCCCCAGCAAAUCCCAGCAGGACCGAGAUGACAUGAAAGGCGGGCAGUACUGGAGCCCAUUGAGGGAGGACAGGGACCAGCUGGGUGGAUCUAGACUGAGGGUUCACGGGACUGAUGAAGAAGAGAAGAGGAUGAGGAGGAAGAAUGCUGUGCGGACAUCCCUUUUCCUGGUGCCUCUAGUCUGUGCCAUGCUUCUUGUGCUGCUUUGUGCGUUCCUGAUUCCCUGUCAGAAGGGAGCACUGGCAAAGAGGCCACAAUGGGAGAUAGCACUGGGGGAUGCAGGAGGUGUGAUUCCACCUGCACUUGCAUUAUGGGAUGUCGAUGGCGAUUCAGUGGAUGAUGUGCUACUCAGUGUGACUGAGUGGACCAAUGACACACAUCCCACACAAGGGAACGAAAUUUACAGCGCUGUGGUUCUCUCUGGUGCUACUGGGCAGCUACUAUGGAGGAAAGCGAUGUGGGAGUCUGUCAUGUACAUCCAGUGUGGCCUCCAGCUCAGCACUAAGCCAUUACCUGUGUGUCUCCUCAUUGGGAAGUCUAUCAUCAUGGCUGUCAAUGGCACCACUGGGAAGAACUUGUGGUCCGUGCUGCUGAGGAACAUUGAAUCGCAGGCAGUGUUACUCCCGGAUCUUCAGGGAGACUCAGUCCCAGAUCUGCUCAUAGCCACCCUGCCUGCCAAUGAGGCUCUGGAUCUCUCCUUGACUUUAAUUUCUGGCCUGACUGGAGCGACACUCGGACAGUCGGUGUCGUUCAACCUCACUGGACAAGGGAAUCUGAUUGGUCCUCUUCUGCAUGUGACACAACAGGGGGCACCCUACAUCCUGUUUGGCCUAGGGAAUGUCGUGGCCAUCUCACUGCGGGAUCUUUACAUCUGUGCUACAAGCAAGUUACCAAUGACUCCGACACUAAGAAGGAAGGAUCCUUUGUGGGAGGGACUGAAGAAAACAAAUUCCUCCUCCUUUAUACACAUUUUCAGAGGGUCUGAGCGUGUGACGUUCUUGCUGCCCCUAGUGGCCGGUUUUGGCACCUGCCACAACAACCUGGACACAGUCUCUAACAUGAAUUCCAGCAAGAGUGACUGGUUGUUAGUGUACGGCUCCAGCAAAAUAUCUGUGCUCAGACACAGGGAUGUACGCAAACAGUGGACAUUUAACUCUGCCCCUAUACACAGCCAACCAACUCCAGGACACUUUAAUGAUGACGGAAUCCUCGAUCUUUUCUUUCAGCACUCUGCAAACGGCAUUAUGAAGGCGCAGGUGAUUGAUGGGGCAAAUGGCCGUCCUCUCUGGACGGCACAGUUUGUGUGCCCCCGUCUUGUUUUGGAAACAGCAGCGGUCUCCACUUCGACUGGCUUAUCAGCUUUUGUCUUCUGGGCCAGCGAGCCAAUCACUGGACAGAAGAAUAUCACCAAGGCAACUGUGGCUCUGGGUGUUGCGGCAGCAGAGCCAUUCAUCAGGAAGCUCUUCCUGUUGCACCCUGCUUAUCCAACAAUCCUGCUGGAGCUGGCCAGUACCACAGAUACUGCAGUCGCCGCUGCAGUGAGUUACGAGGAGCGCCAGAAAGAUGCGUCCUACAUCACCGUGUCCUCGCGGCCGACACCCGACUCGAAGCCCGCCGCUCACAUAGUGAAGAACAUGAGGCUCCGCGCAGCCAUCGCAAAAGGACAAAUGGUCACAUUAGGCGAGCGUAACAAAACUGGGACAACUCUUAAACCUGACAUGUUUGAGCUCGACAAGUUCUACAGACACUUGUUCUUCAAACAUCAGGUGAGGGAGUCAAAAUCCUUUCAGUAAAGAUUUUAUUUGACCUUGUUUAUGGUGAGCAUGCAUUGUUACCACAAUCAAUGUAAUACUGGGUUUGGAUCCAAUUUUGUUCAACUUCACGAAUUUUUUUGUUUUUGUUUUGUUUUUUUAUCAUGCUGUGCCACAAAAAUAGGUACAACUGGAUAGCACUGCUCGAAGGAGGGCUUCAUUUGAAGCCGUUUACAUCUCAUUAGUUUAAUUAGUAUUUCAUUUCUGUUACUUAAAUGUGAAAUGUUUUGCUUUUUAGUCGUGGUGUUAUUUAUGAGGUUUACUCAAAUACUUUUAUUUAUUUAAAUGUCAUUUUAAGGAUGUUUCUAAGAUUUUAUUGAAUGUUUCAUGAUUGUUUGGACUUGAUCACAGCACUUUGUUUUAAUGAAAGGAAGUGUAUGUUUUACUUCAUGCUUAUAACUCUUCCAUGGCCAGUGUUAUGUUCUCAGAUAAAGAAUCACUAGAGUCCCUUGAAACGAUCACAUGAUAAUUUACAGUUGCUAUGGAUGUAAAUAGUGAUUGCUGUACAGUAUUUAUUGAGGUGAUGUCCGUUAUAUUUUGUAUUAUUAAACGCUGUGGUUUUUCUUACUUGGCUGCUCACGAGUACGAUAUUUUAUUGUAAGCUGCAACUUCCUGUACUACAAAUAUGACAAUAAAUUCUUUCUGCAACAUG